AUGUCAAAUUCUCAAGAGAAUUUGGAUUGUUCUUCGGAUGAGGAAUAUGCCGAGUUGUUGGUACCAGAGUCGAAUAACAGUAUAUCAACGUCAACCAAGCAGCGGCGACUCGAGUACUUUCGCAAAGGUAUCGAUGCCGAUUGCGAGGUGCAUGUGCCCAGAACUUCGGAUACUGGCGAUGCCCCUUUAGAUGGGAAUGUGUGUUAUAAGAAAUUUCGAUGCCAUCGUGUAUUUUUGGCAACCGCAUCCGAAAAACUCGAGCAGGAUGUUUUUCAAAAUAGGCAUUGGAAUGGUGUGCUGCAAAUCCAUGGUGUUUCGCCGGAAAGUGUUGAAAUCUUUUUGGAAUUUAUUUACACGUUGGAGGUGACAUCUUCGCAGGUGGAUCUGCUUAUAAUUGGAGAUAUAUUCAUAUUGUCGUGUGCCUACAAUUUGCCCGAUCUUUUGUUCAGUUUCUCUCAGAAGCUAAAGGAAAUUGACUGGCCAAUCGAGGGCAUAUUUCCGGCCUUCAAUUUGGCAUUUCGUCACAACAUUUUCGAUCUAGAAAAUGCCUGCUUAACAAAAAUUUUGGAAAAUGCAACAGAGCUGAUAAGCCAUUCAAGUCUUAUGGAACUGCAGAUUUACGCUUUCAACUACGUUAUCCAACAUUGGUUGGCGGCAGAGGCGUUUCAAAGAGAUGAGCUAAUUGAAGUGCUGAAGCAAUAUCAGACUGCAAAUAAUUUAACAUUUACCAACGCGCAACAAUUUCCCCAUUUUACUAAGAUCGCCAAAUAUUUUCGCAGCGUUCUUUUCAACGCCGAGGGACUAGUACACAAAAAUUUAUUUUGAGCGCACUGUUAAAAUUAGUCGAAUAUUUCGACUCACACAAGACUCAAAUGUGCGUUAACAUAGCUAUGUCAACUGACAGAUGGCUAAAUUGCAUCUGUAAACAAAAUGCGAAUUGGGAUAUUUGUUUUGUAUAAUCUUAUCAGGGUGGAUUUCGUGCAGCCCUAAUGUAUCGCAAUAUAAUCAUAAACUCAGUACACAAAAAUUAUAGCUUAAAAUGUUAUCGAUGAAUUAUGAAUAAGAAAAUCAUUAAUGUCGUUUAGGGUAUUUAGAAUUUUUUUUUCCCAAAAUUCAAUAAAAAUACAAAUUGUAAACUUGGCAAUUGCUGAAGCAUAAA